GCGCCCUGGAAACCUGCUGAAGAUGGCAAGCAGAUAAACAAGGUUUGGAACACCGAUGGAAUCCGUCCUGCACUUGCAAUUCACGAUCGCAGACCAACACUCCGAUACUCCAGUUACCCUGCCGAGCUCGAAGGGAGCGUAACACCGGAAAUCAAACAGAAAAGAGAGUCAUUUUUUGACGAAACCAGAUGCCACCCGCGAUGGCCUCAGCAUUCGAGCCUUCGCUGUCGAUGUCGACCAGUCGCCCACCCAUAGGCGGCCCGUCGCUCGCCGACACGCUCCCCAGCAUCAACUUCGGCUUCGACGAGCUGCGCGACCGCAUGGCCAAGUUUACGGCCAAGUUCGACGCCUUCAUCGAGCAGGGGCGCAAGCGCGUGCUGGAGGAAAGGAACCAAUUCCACAUGAACGUGGCCGAGCUGCAAGAGGAUCAACGCAUGAAGAAAAAGGACAUCGAGAUCCUGCAGCUCAAGACCAACACAUACCAGCAGACGAUAGCCAAGGAGGCGGCCGAGACGCGGGAGAUGCAGGCGGCGAUCGCGGAGCUCACGGCGCAGCGCGACCGGCAGGCGGCGGCGCGGGACGUGCUCAAGGAGCAGAUCGCGGCGACGCAGAGGGACAUCGACGCGCGGCUGGCGGCGCAGCGCGCGCACCAGGCGCAGCUUGAGGCGCAGGCGCGCUACAACGUGCCCGAGCUGGACUUCUGGGUGACCAACCUGUGCCUGCGCAUCGAGGGCGCCGGCGCCGAGGACCGGCUCAAGUUCGUCUACACGCACCUGGACGAGAAGAACUGGGAGCGCGAGGCCUGGUUCGAGCUGUGCACGGGCAGCAGGGACUACGACGUGCGGCACUGCCGGCCGAAGCUGGAGAGGGACAAGGUGGAGAAGGUGCUCGAGAGGGUCAACGAGACGAGGGAACUGGUGACCCUGCUGAAGGGCAUGAGGGAGUUGUUUGUUGAGGCGAUGCGGUCUUGAUGGUGUUUUACGAAAGGCGUCGUUUGUAUACGAUACGAAAGUGUUAUGAUACCAGGAUGUCAUGGAGGCUUGGGUCUGGGCAUUGGUGUUGGGAGGCAGGUAGUUAGGCGCAACAUGUCAGCACGUUCUCACGGGUGGUUCUUGCGGCCAAAAUGUUCCGAUGAGCUUGAUUUGGGACACGGUGACUGAAUUAAGCACCCAGGGAUACACGGUCAUUAUCUGCUCUGCCGGUGCUCUGUCUGGCACUCAGUUGAGAUGUUCUGUGCCCACGCCCAGUCGCGCCCAGACGCGUAGUUCGCCGGCUGUGUGAAACCCCGCCAAUUAA